AUGCUGAAUUCUGCAGGAGUUCUCCGGCAGUUGGUAGGCUGCCGGUGUUCUGCUGACGUAACUUUGUCUUAUCAGCCUCGUGAUCUGGUGUUUUAUGCGAUUGAUGAGGCAUGUGCUUUUAUCAAUACAGUCCACCGUUUGAUGUGGCAAGUACCUCUUAUCAGCAUAGUGUGUCGGCAUUGUUGGGCUAAUACGCCUUUGGUGUCGAAAUAG